UGUCACGUCAUAAUGAGUAGCGCCUUUAGUACAGUAGUUGCCAGUUAGCCAUACAGCCGGUGCGGGGUGAGUGUCCCUUGAUGCCUUCAUGCUUGUGUCCAGGAUCCUUGACAACAAUAAUGACGCCAACCCAAUGGCUAGCGAUUCCCACAGAAAUAAGACUUACAGAGUUACCCAACCUUGUGACGCCCCGGUCUGACGCCUCCGAGGCUUCCACAGUAUACGUGAAUGGCAAGAAGAUCGUCAUCAAGCAGGAGGAGUACCAGCCGCCUGGCAGUGGGGAAGACCCUAACAGUUCCACCUCUAGUGUCUACCUGUAUCCCGUGGGAAACAGUCUGUUGGCAACUACUCCAGAGGCUGUGCAGAAACUGGAAUUUGAAUGUUCGUCUUCUCCUGGAUUGAAGUGUCUUGCAAGUACCACAUCUGCAUCAACAGAAGUAAUUAUUGUCAAGUCAAAACCAAAAAAUCCAGAUUAUAAGGUUAAAAACAGUACCCUUGCGACCAAACGAAGUAAACCAGUGCAUUUUAAAUUGAUUAGAGGAAAACCUGGGGUUAAAGUGUUCAUUAACAUGUCUUACCAUGGCCACAUAUAUGGUGAUGAACCUGUCAAGAGAUGUAAGAAGCAUGACGAGUGUACCUGGUGUAAGGAACAUGAUUACAACCAAUGUUUUUGUGUCAUAAGCAAAUUCCACAAAUAUGAACUUGAUCAUAAGGGCCAGCCCAGAGCAGUGAUCACCGUCACGGAGGAGCAUCUGGACAUUGAGGGAAGUGCCGAGUUUUCCAUUGUAUUUUCCUGCUGGAAUUCAUGUGACAGUCACAGCAAAUUUGGCAAAGAAUUAAACCUACAGAUACAAAUUUUUGACGGUUUCAGUCCGAUUAGAAGUACUGAAUACUCCAUACAUUGCUGCCAAAAUCUGCUGAGAGAUGCUUUUAAAGACAAGACGAGAAACACAUACCCAUCAGCCACUAAACGCAAACAGCUAUCGGUACCAGAGAACAAUCAUGAGGGUUCAAUAAAGACUCCAUGCAAGACGGGAAUAGAAACUCGCUUUGGUGAUACUGACUUUUCAAAUAACAAAACGGAAAGGCCGGUGGAUUUAGUAGUUGAAGGACUUGAUGCUGAAAGAAGAGACAUAAUUGAGCGUAUGGUAAAGAUUAUGGGCGGGUCAUCAUUUCCAAUUCCACAUUUGACAAGAUUAAGAGAUAGUGAUGCCAGUGACAAAGAAGAACACCAAAGUACUUUAAACUAAAGUGAAAAAAUUUUCUAGUCUCAAUGAUGAAGUUUUUCAUCCUGCUACAUGAAUGAUGCCCCAAAGCUGCUGCUGGGGUCACUCUCCAACACAAGUGUUGUGAAUACUUGAGUGGAUGUGAUUUGUUUCCAGAUUGUGAGCCAUGUCUGAUGUUCUCAUUCAUACACAGAAUUUAAAAAUUCAGAUUUAGUUAAUACAGUAUAUGAAAAUUAAAAAUUUUAAAAUAAAUUUUAUACACCAAAUAUUGAAAUGUACAAAAUUAUCCUGUGUUCAAGCAAUACUCCCAGUUAAACAAAGGUCAUUGGAAAUUUUAACCAAGUUUAUAUAAUACUGGUUUGCAGUGUAAAUGCUGGCCAGUUUUGGAGGAAGCAAAUAGGAGCAGCUGAGGGUUGUACAGGUACUGUAUUUGUAUUCGUGUAAAUAUACUUACAAUAUGUAUCUAUGCAGAAAAAGUUUUUUUAAUGUAUAUUCAGUAAGGGAAGUGUUACUGGUAUGGGUUAUCAGGAUAUAGGAACAGAAGGGAAAAACAUAUCUUUAUGGGAUGUAACUUGAUGCUUUACUGAGCUCAGAUGGUUCAGUCAUGUGGCAUCACUUUAAAUGUUACUGAUCUUGCUAACACAUUUCAUUCACCGAGAUGAUCACAUUGGAUCUAAGCUAUUAAUUUGAAGUCAAAUUUUACUCAAGAGGGAUGAGAAUGUUUUACUAGCUAUUCAAGGGGCAUUAGGUUACCUUUUCAAUAUAAAUAAAAUUCAUAUAUCAAAUUGUCAAUGAAAAAGGAACUCUUUUUGUACCCUUGCUUUUUAGUCAGCAUUCCACAUGUGAAUCUUUAAGUUAUGUGUAGGCUUCAUCAUCCCGACAGAUUGAUUAAUUUUUUUACUGUACUUUCAUAGUGCAUGGUAAUCACUAACUCAGGAACACCUUGGUACAAUUUCAUAUGUAAUCAUGACCUCAGGAAUAUUUACAAGCAAAUUGUGUGAAAUACAUGUACAGGUUGACAACCCUAUAUCCGAAAUUCCAAAAGGUUCUGAAAACCGAAAGUUUUUUUGUGGAGCAUUUUUUUUUUUUUUUUUUUUUUAUU